GUUGAACCUGGCCUGGACCUGAGCCGUUUCCCCAUUCCACCUCAACAUCCAUCAAGGCUUGACUCUUCUUUUCUUCCAAACAACGAGCGGAUCUUUUCUCGUUCUUGUACAAUAAUCUAGCGCUAUUUCCCUAUCUAUCGAACAACCAAGUAAUUCUCUGGAUUCAGGAAAGUCCGCAGAGGCUAGCUUAUCAAUCGCCAAUCAUUCAAUUACCAUGUCCAUCUCCCACCCAACGCCUCCUCUUCUCCUCACAAAGCGCCUUACGGCCUUUCUCAACGCGAACCGAACUCCCCAGCUUCCCACGCUUCUUCUUACAAGCCCUCACGGCAAGCUUCUCGCACACGCAAGCCCUCAUCCCGUAGCCGCUCUCCGAACACAUGCUACCGUCGCUGCAUCCCUCCUCGCCAUACACUCCACCUCGGCACCUGCCCUCGCUGCGUCUCUACCCGGUUCUCGCACACCCGAUCCGAUCGGAAGCUCGCCACCUGAAGAGGAUGGCCUCGAAGACGAGACAGAUCGAUUAUCACAAAGUCAGCAGCUCGACUCACAUAAGUCUGGCAAGGGACGGGGCAUCAAGCCUGCUACUGUCACGGUUCAACUUACGAGCGGGACUGUCGUGAUCCGUAGGUUGAAGUGCGGUCUUCUCUUCGUCUGCGUGGGACCCGCCAACCCAGAUGUCACAGAGCAUGGCGUGCCUAAUGUGCAUGAUCUCCAUGUUCCCACUGGCGAGUCCUCUCAUGUUGGCAGUCCAGAUGGAGCAGACAGUAUUCUGAGCACUGGUGGACAAACGACAGCUAGUCUGGAGAGCAACGCAGGCUCUGCCGCUGCAGUAACUGCCCUUCGCCGUCAUGCCACUGAGCUAGCGCGUUGGCUUGACGACAAGCUUGGUACGCUCACAGUUCCAGAGGAGGGUGUUGGCGUGGAGUAAUGGCAGCAUGUUUGGUACAAGCGAUUUGGCAUAGACGGCGUUGGAAUUUCUUAUGAGGGAUAAUCAAGGAGUGAUCUGAGAAAGGCUUCUUUUUAGGCGUUAGGGGCCGCCUUUUACAGAGACGGCAUUUAUAUAAUCAGAGACAUUGAUGAUACCUAAUAUUUUCGCCCAAUACGAGGGUAUUAGAAAUAAAAGCCGCUUCCAGAGGCUGGAUGUUUGAAGACCCCAUACCAAUCCAUUCCUAAAUAACGCCAUAGCUCAUAACGCCUCCAUAUGCUUUUAGUUUCAUGGUCCAAAGACUCGAAUCCUCCGAGGCACUCCAAUAUUUGCAACAGAAAGAAACAGGCUACUCUAUACUCAUACGCAUGAUCCCAUCAUGAGUAUCAAUCAUUCCUUGGAAACCAACCCGGCCUUUGCUGUUAAGUCGUCCAGCCGCAGAGC